AUGGCUCGUCCAGCUGGCUCUGACGCAACCACCAUCAAUGGCGGCAGCCCCUUCACCCUAAAAGACGAGCCCGUCGAGAACUCGAGGCGGCUUAAAAUCCGAGUAAUCGGCGCCGGGUUCUCUGGAAUCUGUGCGGCAAUCAGGAUACCCGAGCGGCUCAGGAAUGUCGAUCUUGUCGUCUAUGAAAAAAAUGAGGGCGUUGGGGGUGUCUGGUGGCUGAACAGGUAUCCUGGCCUGGCUUGCGAUAUCCCGUCACACUCAUACCAGUACACAUUUGCGCCAAACCCACACUGGUCAUCCCUGUAUGCACCCGGGCGAGAGAUCCAGGCCUAUCUCCAGGGUGUCGCGGAAAGGUUUGGCGCAGUACGUUUCAUCAAGACGCAGCACAAGGUCACCCGAUGCGCGUGGGACGGCGAGGCCAAGAAGUGGGCUGUCCGCGUGCAGAAGGUCGAUACCGGCGACGUCUUUGAGGAGAACGAUGUGGACUUUGUCGUCACGGCUCGCGGGCAGCUGAAUGAGGUUGCCUGGCCACAAGUGCCCGGGCUUGAGAGGUUUCGGGGAAAGCUUUUGCACUCGGCUGAGUGGGACGACAACUAUGACUUCCGGAACAAGCGAGUUGGUGUGAUUGGAAAUGGAUCCAGUUCAAUCCAGAUUGUACCAAGCCUCCAACCCGUGGAGGGCAUCAAUAUGACCGUUUUCAUGCGCUCGCCCACCUGGAUAUCCUCAAACGCGUUCGGUGACGCUGCCAUGGCUGCACUUGGUCUUGACCCGGAUGGGCUGACGUCGGAAACGCGGGAAUCUCUCGCCUCGGACCCAGAGGAGUACCUCAGAUUCCGCAAGGUCAUCGAGGAUGGAGGUAACGUUAUCCACGAGGGGACCAUUCACGGAUCAGAUAUGCAGAAGGAGCUUAUCAAGACCUUCACCGCGUCGAUGAGGGAGAAGCUCGCCAAGAAGCCUGAACUGUUUGACGUUAUCAUCCCGACGUUUGCCCCUGGAUGUCGACGCCUGACCCCCGGCAAAGGCUAUCUAGAGGCCCUGUGUCAGGAUAAUGUGCAGGUCACCAAUGAAGCCAUCGCCGAGGUGACCGAGACGGGGGUUAGGCUUGUCAGCGGUCGCGAGGUCCAGGUUGAUGCCCUGGCGUGUGCCACGGGCUUCAGGACCAGCGCGCCGCCCAAUUUCGAAGUUGUAGGCUCCAACGGGCUGACUCUCGCUCAACGCUGGAGUCCGCAUCCGGAGAGCUACCUAAGCGUUAUGGUCGACGGUUUCCCAAACUAUCUCAUGAUGUUUGGGCCGAACAGCGCCAUUGGGUUCGGAUCGCUGACGAAAAUCCUCGAGAGCGAGUGCGACUACUGUGUCAAGAUACUGCGCAAGAUGCAGAAAGAGGACUACUCCACCAUAGAGCCCAAGCCAGAGAGGGUCAGGGACUUCCAGCAGUAUGUUGGGUCCUAUUUCAAAGACACGGUGUACUUGGAUAAGUGCAAGUCAUGGUAUCGGAGCGACGGCGGCAAGGGCAACUGGAUCAUCGGCCUCUGGCCAGGUUCGACACUUCACGCUCUGGACGCUCUAGCUUCCGUGCGAUGGGAGGACUUCGACUUUGAAAGCGCAGAUUCCACAGGUAACAGACUGAGGUGGCUGGGCAACGGGUGGAGUGUGACUGAAACGGACGGCGACCCGUCAUGGUACCUCAACCCUGACGAGGUCAAUUGGCCAAAAGAGGGCAAGCCGGAAGAGGCGCCACGCUUCAGAGCGAAGCCUUGGUCUUAUUGA